GUCAAGAUGAGGGCAAAGCGCUCGAAGAAGUAUCGCAAGCUUAUGCACCAGUAUGAACUGGCUUUCGGCUUUCGCGAGCCGUACCAGGUUCUCGUCGAUUCGAAUCUACUUCGCGCAGUACAUUCAUUCAAAAUGGACUUAAUACCUGCUCUGGAACGGACAUUACAGGGUCAGGUCAAGCCAUUAUUAACAAAAUGUUCACUCGCAUCGAUAAUGGCUGGCCAGCCAACGAAUCCACGAACGAACAAUCCCAUCCGUCCCGACUUCCUUCCCCCACCAACAACCCUCCCUCUCCGUCACUGUUCGCACAACGAAGACUCCACACCCAUCGACGAAACAAGCUGUCUGCUCUCCCUCCUCUCGCCUCUCUCCGACGUCAAGCGGAACAAAGAACACUAUAUCCUCGCGACGGCCGACCCGCCAGCCCCAAAGUCUAAUUCGGCUACGCAGCAAGAGAUAGGGAAGAAGCGUAAACGGGAUGCCGAUGAUGGAUUACAGGCGUUGAAACGUGCGCAGGCGCUUCGACGCGGUGCGCGCUCUAUACCCGGUGUGCCGAUCGUGUAUGUUAAGCGGUCUGUGAUGAUAUUAGAGCCGAUGAGUGCACCUUCUGAGGGUAUUAGGGAGGGGGUUGAGGAGGAUAAACUCCGGACGGGGUUGACUGAUCAGAGUGUGCAGAAGAGUGGUGGCCCAGAUGGUGGGGAGAAGAAGAAGAAGAGGGAACCGAAGAAAGCGAAGGGGCCGAAUCCGUUGAGCGUGAAGAAGCCGAAGAAGAGGGUUGAACAGAAAGCUACGGCAGAGAGGGAACGGCCACGUGAUGAGGCUGAGAAACGGGACUCUGAGAAAGCAGCAGAGGACGGAGAGGCUGCGCCAAAGCCAAAGAGGAGACGGCGACACCAUAAAGGCGCGAAGCAGGGCGACUCCGGUGGAGAUGAGACUGAGGCGAUAGCUACCGCGCCUAUUGAAGCGACGGACCAAUAG